AUGACCGAAGGGAAUUUUAUGGUUUUACGCCCAUCGCUGUUCUUUCCCCUCUCAAUCGCGCAAGAUGGGUGCUUCCGAUACCUCGCCGAGCCCGUCCUCAUCCUCCUCAUGGCCGCAUUAUAUCCGCUGACAGCACUUGCGUACUUGAUACGCUUCAUCUACGUCGAAUACGGCGCCGCAAUCAUCGACUUUUGCACUCCAGUGACCUGCUGCGGCAUACCAACAAGGCGAGAUAGAGCUGCUGAGCGGAUGCGGUCGUAUUCAGAAUGGGACGUGGAAACACAAUUGGGCCUCAGGAUUGGAGAACGAAACGGCGGUAGCUACUGUUCACUGCCCGACAUACCAAGUAGCCCUAUAUCUGGCUCCAGCAGCAGUUCCAGCAGCAGUUCCAGCAGCAGUUCCAGCAGCAGUUCCCACGAAAGCUCCAACGACAACUUCGACGAAAGCUCCAGCUCCAGCUCCAGCGACAACAUCAACGAAAGCAACUAG